UGUUAAGUGCAGUACUUCCAUUCAGGGCCAAAGUCCCCGAAUCACAGAGCACACAAACAUGUCACGAAAUUGCAAACUAUUCAAAUGCUUGUGCUCCUUGACUCGCAUAUUGUUCAAGUUUAGUGGAACUGGGUGUCAAAAAAAAAAAAAAAAAAGACAGGGGAAGUGAGUUAGGUGUUGGUGGAGUGAACUUUGCACAAGACAUGUGCAUCUGUUACUGUAGGGUCAGCCUGAGGAUGGCGGCACUGAGCUCAUCCACAUGUGCCCCCUGCUGAUGUUCCAUGUCAGAGGCUUGUCUCAGAUCUCACGCUGAAACUAUGUCAGAUAUCUUUAUGACACUCUUGCAUCACAUAAUGAUGAAACACCUGAGCUGCCGGCAACACAACAAUGCCAGGUCCUUUCUGAGAAUGGGUGGCAGGGUUCAAAUAGGUCCAUACAUUUGUGAACCCCUUUAAAUGUCUUCUAUCUGCUACAGAGUAGGCCUGUGCAGGCAUGGAGCCCUUGGCAGUGGAUGAUGACAUCUGCAUCCUUCAACAUGAGACGGCCUACACCGGCGCCGGCGAGAGUCCUGUAUCAGUGUGCGCCGGCGACGAAUCCGUCGCUUCCCACUUCGCCCUGGUCACGGCCUACGAGGACAUCAAGAAGAGGCUGAGGGACACAGAGCGGGAGAACACCUUGCUGAGGAAGAGAGUGAAGCAGCUGGAGGAUAAGCUCUUCAGGCCAGAGGCUCCUCCGUCAGAGGGUCCCCAGUAUGUGAACAAGGCCUUCAGUGCUUACCGAGGUAUCUAUAUAGAGAAGGAGGACCUGCAGAUGGAGCUCAACAAACUGAAACGGGAGAAGAGUGAGAGUGAGCGGUUGCUGACGGAGCAGCUCCAGGCCAAAGAGUUGGAGCUGCUUCAGCUGAAGACAGAGAUGGAGACCAGCCAAGGUACAGUGAUGAGAAGCCUGAACAGCCCUCAGGACUACUGGCAGGUGGACAGGGUCAGCACUGAGCUAAAGAUCCACAAACUGCAGGAGGAGCUGGACAGGGUGACACUGGAAAACGGCAGACUGCUGGAGAGAAGUGGGGAGGAACCACACGGCCUUAACGGACCAGACUCGGACCAGACCUGCGACGCAAAGUACAAAGCAAGCGAGAGGAGCAUGCAGCAGACGUACGAGGCUUUGCACUGCGAGGUCACUCGUCUCCACUCAGAGCUGAAGCACCAAACAGGCCUGAUUAGGAAACUCAGGCCGCUCAUCAGUGAUCCAAGACAAGCUGCCUCAACAGUUCCAAUUCAGUGUCUGGACGACGUGGAACAGAACAACAACCAUCAUCGGGCAUCAGUGCCUCGCCCCCCUAGCGCCCCACCUCUCCCCUCGUGCUCCGGCCGCCCCUGCCCCCCUGCCGGUGGGCCGUCAGGCACCCUGCUGCCGGACAGUCUGAGGGAGGACUGCUGGUACAAUGGGCCUUGGCCCUCCCAGAGCUGUUCAGGAGAGGCUCUGGUCGGCAGCGACACCUGCUCUGUCGUCCUGCCCCCGCCUCCCCUGAACCAAGCCUCCCUGGAUGACAGCUCGCGGUCCUUCCCCAGCCCCCCCAAACCCAGUGACGCCAUGUUCUGGGAAGGACACUCCGCUUCAUCCAACUCAUCCUCAAUCGGAAACUGCACUCCCAGGAGCCCUCCCAAUGCAGAGUGGGCCAAGCCCUAUUGAGAGGAACCUCGAUAAGAGAAUAGAUGAUUCAAUAGCGUGUGUAAUUGGAUGGGAAAAUAAGACGGAUGGAUGAAUGAAUGGACUCUCCAACCCUGCCACAUAGCUACCACCUAACCUGCCUUAAGUUGAUAAGACCACUCCCCUGGGCUAGACCGGACCUGCUGGUUGUGGGAACUAAUGGAAGCCAAGAGGAGGCCUUUUCGAGGUAAAGACUCUGCACACCGCAUCGGUGAACAUAUCUGACUUUGCAGAGGAAACGUUGAUGAGAGACCCUCAGCAAAAUGAAUAGUUUGUCCACGUGUAUGUGUCCUUGUAUGCACACGCUUAAGUGUGUGCAAGCAUGCAUAUGAGCAGUUUUAUUUGUGUGUGUGCGCGCGCAUACACACACAUCCAACAGAGCGUGCCUGUGUGUGCAGAUCAGCGUGUGGGCAUCUUUCGCCUGCCUGUAUCUGCAUCUCGUCCUAAUAAACCUAACAGGUCUCAAAGGGGCCUCUUCCUCCAUCCAUUGUGGCCAGUGAUCACCGGGGCCACAGCAUCAUACGAGAAUAUGUGAAACUGUACUCCCUCCAAUGCAAGUCUUUUAACAUUUGAUCGCUGUAAAGUAUACAAGGUAUGUCCCAUGUAUGUCCCAGGUUGAGGACUUGAUGUGAUUGUUUUCUGUACUGUGGCGGAGGCGGGCUUACAGUAACUGUAGGAUAAUCACAAAUUGUUGUUCCAAAUUUUAACAGCUACCAAAUUAAAUCUUUUUCUUCUUUGACAAGUUUUCUUUUUUUUUUUUUUUCAAUGUUGCAUUAUGAGUGGGAAACGGUUGUUUUAAUCUAAAGAUGUUUUGCUUUUCUAAAAUAAAACACUCCACCCUAACUGGCACCAGAAAAGAUUCAACUGUUCAUGACUUAACAGAAGUUCCACGAAUCGAGCAGGCCUUCUUUAUACCUGCCUGUUAUCACAUAUUCACUCCUGUCAGAACUGCUGUUAGACAAUAUUGGCUGUGUUGUUUUCUUUUCUCGGUUGCAGAGGGACAUGUAGAUCUACGGCCGUGCAUUGUUGGAGGUUCGGUGAACAACAAGGACUCAUGGGGUGGGCUUCAUACAGCCUCCCUGUAUUUGAAACCCUGAUUAAGUUGGGAACCUCUUGAGGUUUGUGAAGAUUUUCAAUUACAGAAAAUGUAUCUAAACUCUGUACUGUGCUGGUGUUUAUCUUUGAUACAUUUGUUUUGCAGUAUGACGUAAAUAAGCUGUGUGAAGAGAGAAGUUCCUCUUUGAUUUCUCUUUUUAAGAGUCAGAUGAGUAUAAAAAACUGAAUGAUGUACAAAGGAAAACACAUUUUUGAGUAGAAUACGAGAUAAUGUAUACAGAGGGAAGAAUGUGCAUAUCUGUAUAAAUGUAUAUGGUGGGCUUCAGUACUCUGCCGAAUGCAGUUUUGCACUCCAAACCAGUUUUGUUUUUUCUCCCCUACCCCAAAGACUUCUGAUGUGUGUUGUAGGAGCUGUAUGUGCUGGUGGUUGGACAAUAAUCUGAUGACCUGCAGAAAUGUGAGCUGUGACUUGAAAAAUAGGUGCACAAAGCACAAGAGGCCCACGGUUGAUCAAAAUAUUUCUCUUUUUUUUGUUCCAUUUCUCCAGUCUGUUUCACGAUAACUGUGGUCUUUCUGUUCAUUUUUAAGAAGUGUUAUUUUACAGCAGUAGUUUCAUACUUCUGUAAGCGAUUUGCAAACCAAAAUGCAAUGUACAGUAGAUAUGGAUUAUAUUUUAGAUUUACUGCACUCCAGACUGUUUGUAAAUAUGACCAAUUAAAUGAAGCAAAGGAAGUGACUGGGUGAGGUUGCGCUGUCCCUCUAUUUAUAUUUUUGGCAAUGCAGUUCUGUGGUUCAGUUCAAUAAAAUUGAAGGCUUUGGCAUAUCAAUUACUACUUUACACUUGAAAAUAGCAAUAACUUUUCUUCCUUUUUGGAUUCCUGUCUCAAAUAUUUAUUUUACACUUAAUAACUCCAUAAGAGAGCAGCAACUCCUGUCCAUCACAAGGCCUUCAUACGACUGCAGAAACAAUCACAUAAUGGUUCAAGUCACAUAUGUGUCCUUUUAUAAUGCAAUCUGGGGACUUGCUGUUUUGCUCUGCCUUUGCCAUGACUUAAAAACUAAACUGGAACAAAAGAAA